AUGGGCGAUUUGACUCCGGAAGAACUGGAAAUUGAACGUAAAAAAUUGAGAAAGAAUGUAAAUGUUAAAUUUGAUAAGACAAAAGGGCCAGUUGAUUAUAUUUUUAUAGUUUUACAUGGGAUAGGCGCUACGGAUGAUGGUUUAGUCGAUAAAUAUAGAGCAUUUAAAUGUGCUUUAGAUAGUGUUAAACGGUAUUGGUAUUAUGAUCGUAAUAUACAAUAUCAUUUGUAUAUGAUUAAUUGGAAAAAAUAUAUUGUAGAUGCUCAAAACAUAGUAUUUGAAAAAUUGUCCCUUCCUACAAUCAAAAAAUAUCGCCAACUUAUUUAUCUUAUCGUGUCUGAUAUCGUUUUUUAUUACAAUCCUCGUUAUUGUGAUUAUUUAAUUAAUUGUAUUGCGGAUGAUAUUAAUAAUGAAAUUGAUCGUUUAAGAAAUCAUUCAUCUGAUAGAUUUAAAGAUUCUAAAAUUGUUUCAAUUGGUUAUUCAAUGGGUUCUGUAUUAAUGCAUGAUUUAUUAAGUGGAAAGCCAUCUAGAACAACGUUUAAAAAGGGUCCAUUGCCGAAAAUUAAACACAAAAUUGAUCAUUUUUUUGCUAUUGCAAGCCCAAUGUCUGUUAUGGCAACUUUUAAUGAGCCUAAUUUCAUGAAAGGCGAAUUUGAAUUGCCUGAAGGGAUUAAUUACUACAACAUAUUUCAUCCAUACGAUCCAUUGGCUUCAAGACUUGAACCUCUAAUAUAUCCAAACUGUGAAAAUUUGCCAGAUCCAGUUCUAAUUCCAUAUUGGAGAACGAAUGGACUUAGGAAAUGGUAUGAGUGGGAUAACAAUAUUAAACAAACUAAAUCGCUUAUUGUUGAUAAUAUUUUUGAUUUCGCUAGCAAUAUAACUAACAAUCUAACCAAUUGGUGGAAUCCAAAUAAAAAUGUCAAUAGUGUUCUGGAUAAUAAUCUCGCUGAUUCCAGAGACAGGAAUAAAUCAUUACAAAGUUUUAGGUCAAAAUUGAGAAAUUCCGAUGUACCAGAGAUAGUUUCCAGUAAGUAUGAUAAUUUUAUUGUUGGUAAUCCCAAACAUAAUUCUUGUAAUUUUGUUGAAGAGAAAUCUGGCGAUGAUGGAUACAUCUCAGACUCAUCUGAUUACUCAGAUGAUAAAAACGAUACGGUAAUCAACGAAUCUGCUAAGAAAUUGUCACAGAUUAAUUUUCAAGGAUCUCAAAUUUUAAAAACUAGAUACGAUUUUCAACUUCAAGAGGGGACUACUGAACAUUAUUUACAUCCAAUUGCUCUAAUUAAUUCACAUUUUAACUAUUGGAAUGCCAAAGAUAUGGCAUUCUUCAUUUUACGUACUAUUACCGGAUCUAAAAGACAAUUCUCAUUAGCAGAUCGCUUGAGUCAAACUGAGAUUAGGGCGAUGGAAUUAGCAGAAUGUCAGGAAAAUGAAAAAGAUAGAUUGGAAUUUUUGGAGAUUGCAGAAUUAGCUAAAGAAAGGAGUGAAUCCUUGAAAAGGGAAGAUGAGAAGGAAAUACCUCCCUCGGUGGGACCUUUUGCAUGGAAUAACAUUUCAAGUUUUAUGAAGGGUAAAGAUGGCGGAAAUUGUGAUGAAUCAUUAAUUGAAAAUGAGUGGACUAUGGCCGGGGAUGAAAAUGAACGACAAAUCAAAAAUAUGGCUAGUAGACCAUUUGUAGAUUAA